AUGGCGCUCAGCAGCAGUAGCAGUCUCCAAAUUAUGUACAUGCAUUUCCUCCUCCGUCGAACGCACCACCACCAGCGUCAACAAUGGCGGACACUAUUCGACGAUGCCCUUUCCAUCAAACAUGUAAGAGAUCGUGGAUUGGACCACGCUGUCGAAAGAGAAAAGAAUCUCAAACCACUUCUCAACAUCAAGAAUCUUAUCAAAUCUGAACCAUCGAAAUCUAUUCCCUUAAACAUCAUCACACAAUCUAAAGAUACUCUACAAAUCCCAUCUCGCCCCAUUGAGUUUAUCCGAAAAUAUCCUUCAAUUUUUCAAGAAUUUUUCCCUGCUAGCAUAAACAUACAUCCCCAUAUCAAGUUAACCCCAGAAAUUCUCAGUAUUGACUCAGAUGAAGAGUUGUUCUAUCAAAGUGUGAGUUACAAAGAAGAUGUUGCAGAUAGGCUUUUGAAGAUUUUGAUGAUAGGUAAAAUUAAUAAAAUUCCUUUACAUGUUAUUGAUAAGCUUAAAUGGGAUUUGGGUUUGUGUAAUAAUUUUGUGGAAACUAUAGUACCAGAAUAUCCGGAUUAUUUUCAGGUGAAUGAUGAGUCAAUGUUGGAGUUAGUCUGUUGGAGUCAUGAACUUGCUGUUUCCUUUUUGGAAAAACAAGCAGUGAAAUGUGAAAGUGAGGAUUUGUUAGUUAAGUUUGAUUUGAAGUAUUCGAAUGGGUUUGAGAUGGAUAAGAAGUAUAAGAAAUGGGUUGAUGAAUGGAAAAAAUUGCCUUAUAUUUCGCCAUAUGUGAAUGUAAAGAAUCUUCCUGAAAAGAGUGAUGAAGCUGAUAAGUGGGCAGUGAUAAUUUUGCAUGAAAUUCUUAGUCUUUGUGUUGGGAAGAAGGCGGAGAAAGAUAAUUUGCUUUUGAUAGGAGAGUAUUUGGGACUUCGUUCUAGGUUUAAGAGGGCAUUGUUGUUGCAUCCUGGGAUAUUCUAUGUGUCAAGUAAGAUCGACACACAUACUGUGGUAUUGAAGGAGGGCUAUAAAAGGGGAAUGUUAAUUCAGAAGAACUCGUUGAUAGAACUGAGGUCUAAGUAUGUUUAUCUCAUGAACAAGGUUAUGGAGGAUAAAAAAUCGAAAGAAGUGCAGCAAAAAGGUAGUCAUGAUCUGCAAGAAGGUGAUGCAAAGGAAACUGAUGUUGAUAAUGAAGAUGAAGAAGAAAAAGAUUAUGAUGAGGACUCUGAUGAUGUGCAUAAUGACUACCAUGAUGAUGAGACGGACAAUGAGGCUAGAGAUGUGAAGCAUAGCCAAAGAGUAAACUCGAGGACAAGAGUUGAUGAUAGAAACUCGAUGACAAGAGAUGAUGAUAGGAAGCCUAGCCGAAGAUUAAACUCGAGGACAAGAGUUGAUGAUAGAAACUCGAUGACAAGAGAUGAUGAUAGGAAGCCUAGCCGAAGAUUAAACUCGAGGACAAGAGUUGAUGAUAGAAACUCGAUGACAAGAGAUGAUGAUAGGAAGCCUAGCCGAAGAUUAAACUCAAGGACAAGAGUUGAUGAUAGAAACUCGAUGACAAGAGAUGAUGAUAGGAACCGAAGAUUAAACUCGAGGACUAGAGAUUAUGAUAGGAAUACUUCAGCUACCUCUCCGAGGACAUCCUUGGGGAGAAAUCAAAAUAGAGAUGUGGAAAGGCCAUCAAGAAGAUCGUCUUGGAGAGCAGAAAAUAACAGUGAGCAAGAUGCUCGAUCAAGAUAUGGGGACAGAAAGCUUCCAAUAAAUUCAUUGAAGACUUCGGCAGGAAGAAGUUCCAACAGAACCAACGAAAGAGUCUCUCGAUCUCCUAGGAGGGCGGUGACUAAUGAUAAUCAAUAUACUCACCGGAGAUCAAGUAACAAAUUUGAUCUUCAUAGAAACCGGGGAACAUCUGAACAGAGGAGGAAUUCCACACCAUGAAAAGCUAUUCGCUCUGUGAAGGCAUUGCAUAAUAGGCUUGCUUUUGAUAGUUUUAGGUUUGUCAGUUGUCA